AUGGCAACUCAAACUCAAGUUCUCAAACGUAAUGCUGUUCAACCAGCACGAAUUCAUGAUUAUCUCUAUGAUCCUCUAUGUACAUUAUCAGGAGUUCGUGAUCAUGCUCGAGCAACAUUUGUAGCGAAAACUGGUACUGAACAAGUGCAAGCUGUACCUGUUUAUCAACAUUUAUUCAGUGAUUUACGUCAAUACCCUCGUUUUGCUUAUCGACUACAAUCUCGAGAUCCUGUUCCAACACAUGUCAGUCGUCAAUGGUUAGGACAAGCAGAAGCGCAUCGAGACCAAAUUGCUCUAUCUCGACUUUUUACGGGUAAUGAUGCAUUCGUUGUACCACCACGAACUUAUGAUCAUGUUGAUGUGGGAGGUCGUGAACGUUCAAAAUUCUUUCGUAAACCACUUAUACCAUUUAUGGAAAGUGUUCAACCACUUCUAGUACUCGAUACUGGUCGAUCAGGUACAGGUACUUUUGUUGAUAUGACAGGACACCCUGGUACAGGACUUCUUAGUCCAGGAAAAUCAAUGAUGUCAUCUAUACAACCAGCAACAAGAACACAAGCUAUUCAAACUGAUUAUAUGGAACGUGAAGCUCAAACUGAUCCAUAUACACCUGAAUAUGUUGUGAAACCAGGUGAACAACCAGAAGUAUUAACAUUGGCUACUCUUAUGUAUAAAAAAGGUCUUCCUGCUGGUCUUGCAGAAGUAGAAAUGAUUGAACGUGCACGUGCUAAACGUCAAUGGGAAGCAAGUUUACCACCACUUGAUGAUCCUCAACAAUGGGAAAAACGAUUUAAAAUGAUGAGUGAUAUGGAAAGACAUGAAUGGCUUUUACGAGAAAAUGAAAUUGAAAAAUUACAAAAUCUUCGUAUUGAAUUAUUAGAAAAAAUGCUUAAAGAUAAUGAAACUCGUCGACAUGAUGGAGCUAUUGAACGUAUUAAUCGACAAUGGAGUAAGAAACAAAUUCAACGUGAAGAAUUUGUUAAAACAAAUCGUCUUCAUUAUUUACGAGCUAUACGAGGUUUACUUAAAAAACGAUCACAAAUUGAAACAAAAUAUAUUAAAAAUGAUAUUAUUCGUGAUUAUACAAAAUUUGAAUCAGCAGCUUAUGGUCCAUUAACACGAAAUGGUUAUUUUCCAGAUAAACUCACAGAUAAAUAUUUAGUGAAAAGUCGAUUUUUGGAUACAUAUACAGGCUUACUUGAACUUGAAUCAACGUUGCCAUCAAAUGCAUUGAAGAUUCGUCUUCCAGAACCGAAAAGACUUGCUACAACUAAAGAUGGACAUCUUAAACGACAUUUUCGACGUGAAAGAGAUCUGACUAAUAUAUUCAAGGAUAUUGCUGCAGAAAAAGAGAAAAAACUCGAAGAACCAAAACCACUUCGAUUUUUGGUUAAAGUCGAAAAACCAAUACCAAGACCACCAACACCUAGCGUCGAUGUACCUAAUCCGGAAGAUGAAGAACGCGAAAAAAGUAUUAUUUAUCUACAAAAACUUCUUCGUGGUCGUGCUACACAAAAUAUGAUGUACAAAAAUAAAGAAGAACGUAUUGAAUUAAUUGAAGAAAUGCGUAGUACACAUGCAUUACAAGAACAAGAUAUGAAUAUGAAAAAACUUCAACGACAAGAUAUUCAUACAGCUCAAUAUGUUCAAAGAAAAGAAAUUUCACGAGAAGAUUUUAUUGAUUCAAUUCUUCAAACAUUGGAAGGCGAAGCUAUGGGUGAUAUGAUGGAUUAUUUAUCAAAAGAAUUAAUACGUCUCCAAGAAGAACGUCGUAUUGCUGCAUUUGCUAUGUUAGCUGAUCGACAACGACGUUUACGUGAAGCUGAAGAAUCUGGUUUAAGACAAGUCGAAGAACGACGACGACGUGAACAAGAUGAACUUUUUAAACAAACACUGAAAAUGACUCAAAAUACAGUCGAUAGUUAUUUAGAAGAUGUUAUUCUAGCAAGUACUCUUGAUACAUCUACUGAACAAACUCGUACUGAAAUUCAUGAACAAGCUAUAGCAAUCGAUGAAAUUGCACAUGAUAUGGAAGCAAAACGAACUCAACUUGAAUCUGAAGGUAUUGUAGCAGAAUUAGUUCAUGGUUUUCUUAUACCAGAAGUUGCUAAACAAGAAAGUCGUAAUAAAGUCCGUCUUGCUCAACAUAAAUAUUUAUUAGCUGCUCAUCAAGUUGUUAAAGAUAGUUCUGCUGAAAAUCUUAAUGAAUCAGCUAUAUCUGAAAGACAACAAUCAGCAUCAACUAAUCAACAAGAUCAAUCAACAAAUGAUGAAGAGAAUCGAAAUCGUGAAGAAGAAGAAGCUGAUGAUGAAGAACAAAAUCGUACAUAUGAAAGAGAUGAAAAUGAACAAGGAGAAGAUGAUGAAAAUCGUGAUGAUGAAUCUAUGCGAAGAGAAAUUGAUAAUGAAAAUGAAAAUGAUAUCGGUGAUGCAGAUGAAGAAGACUAA